AAUAAACGCCGAAGAAGAAGAAGAAGAAGAAGUGACGUAUUUCCGGUGUCAUGUCAGCCUUCUGCUGAACCCACAUGGCUAGCUGCUGUUAGCUGAAUGUUUUGUUUUGUUCCCGUUUCAGUUCUAGUGAUGCAGUUUUACUGAAUCAAGACGUCCAGAGAUGGCUGAAGCUGUACCAGAGAAAAGUCGUGGCUUGAAGUUUGCGGAGCAGCAACUCCUGCGUCACGGCUGGGAACACGGUAAAGGACUGGGGCGAGCUGAGAACGGCUUAUCGGAAGCUAUCAAGGUCAAAGUGAAAUGUGGCAAAGGAGGGGUUGGUCAUAAGGAAGGGGAGCAGUUCACCUUCCACUGGUGGGAUCAUGUCUUCAAUAAGGCGUCUUCCAGUCUGCAGGUGGAGUCUGAUCAGAACGGUAUUCAGUUGAAGAAGACGGUGGAGGAAGAUGAAGAGGAUGGGAUGAUCUCCAAUAAAAAGCCACGGAUAGGAGCGCUGGCUAAAGCCAAACUUUAUGGAUGCUUUGUCAAGUCAGCCACACUGCUGUCUGGUGAGUUGCAACCAGAGCCGAAGCCUUCCAGCUCAGACGACAGCAGCAGCAGCAGCAGCAGCUCGGACGAGGAUGACGACCAGAAACUGGAUCUCUCCAGCACCACAAAGCUUUCCGAUGCUGAUCUAAUGAAGGCUUGUGGAGGACGCACGGCUCACAAAGGAGCCAGGCACGGCUUGACCAUGAGCGCCAAGUUAGCCAGGCUGGAGCAGCAGGAGGCUGAGUUCAUGGCCAAGUACGCCAAGAAGAGCCAACCAGGAAGCGCUCCACCGGUUUGUGUUGCACCGACUCCACCGACCUCCCAGGAGACGGUCGUGGACUCUCAGAGAAAAAAGAUAAAGAAGAAGAAGAGAUCCACUGGGAGCGUUUAUGAGCUAAAUGGUGAUGAAGUGUCUGAAAGUCCUGAAAUGGACGUUAAACCCAAAAAGAAGAAGAAAAAGAAAGCCAGCGAGGACACUGAGGAAAUAACUGUUUCCACUGAGGGGGAUGUGAUCUGUGUAGAAAACAGUGACACAGACCAUUCUCAUAAACCAAAGAAGAAACAGAAAAAGAAGAAAAACAAUGAAGAGCAGAAUGAAGAAGAAGAAGAAGGAACGCCUUCACCAGCAGCUGAGAGUCCGGAGGAGGCUGCUGAGCUGCACACAAAAGUGAAGAAGAAGAAGAAAUCCUCCAAACACCACAGUGAACCGGCUGAGGAAGAGGAGAGUAAGGAUACAGAAUCCAGCCAGUCAGAGACGCUCCAGGACUGCACUCUAAAAACCAAAAAGAAAAAAGCUGUAGUUGUAUUGGAGGAAGCAGAAGUUUUACAGGAAGAAGCAACGGUAAAGCAGAAAAGGAAAAAGUGUAAAAAGGACAAACUAUCUGUAGAGGACAACACAAACGAUGAGGCACUUCCUCCAAAGAAGAAGAAAACAAAGAAGUCCAAAGAGUAGUAUUUGAUUAAAAGAAAUGCUUUGGACACCAAUAAA